AAUAACGUCCUUUUUGAGGGGAAUUUCUGUGAAAAGGGCCGGAGUACGAGAAACACCCCCACCCCAACCCGGAGGAAAGGAAAGGCGAGGGAAGAAAAAAAGAAUUUUGGAGGUGUAAACAAAAACCCCGGGCUUUCCGAAAUGGGCUCCGGGAUGCUAUAAAAGUGGGGCGGACUCCCGGUGCUCAGCCUACCAGCACAGCAGCAGCAACAACAACAAACAGCGACAGCGAGCGCAUCAAAGCACCCACGCAGGGCAGCAGGCCAGGCGGCGGUGCUGCCGGCAGAGACACCCACCCCCACCACACCCAAGCCCGGUGCCUCGCGUCUCCACUCCACCUCCGGGGCGUAGGAGGUCGGGUGCCCGUGCCAUCCCCCACAUACCAAAGCGUCGGAAGAGGGUUUCUUGAGGGGUUUUAGUCGGGUGUCCAAGCUUGGUUGCGGAGUCAAAUGCGAGCGGAGUGAUGUGGCCCAUGGAGGAGGAGAUGUUCCUGGCGGUGAAGCGGACGGAGCACGUCGAGGUCACUUCCCGGGCGAUGGAUUCCGCGCCGGCGGCGGGGCCCAGGACGGUGCGGGUCUUCUGCGACGACAACGACGCGACCGACUCGUCCGGCGACGAGGCGGAGGGCGCGGCCGCGCGCAGGAGGGUGAAGCGCUACGUGCAGGAGAUCCGGCUGCAGCGGGCGGUGCCGGUGAAGGAGGAGGCGGCGUCCGCGAGGGCCGUCGCGGGGGAGCGGCCCAGGCCGCUGGCCCUCCCGGGGCGGAAGAGGAAGUCCGACGGCGCCGGCGCCGGCGCCGAGCCCCGGUUCCGCGGCGUGCGGCGGCGGCCGUGGGGCAAGUACGCGGCGGAGAUCCGCGACCCCUGGCGCCGGGUGCGCGUCUGGCUCGGCACCUUCGACACCGCCGAGGAGGCCGCCAAGGUGUACGACUCGGCCGCCAUCCAGCUCCGCGGGGCCGACGCCACCACCAACUUCGAGCACGCGGCGGUCCCCGUCCCCGUCCCCGACGAGGUCGCGGGUCGCCUCCCGCAGCCGCCGCCGGCUCCGGCGUCCAAGAACGCGUCGUCCUCCGCCACGUCCUCCUACGACUCCGGCGAGGAGUCCCACGCCGCGGCGGCCUCGCCGACCUCCGUUCUCCGCACGUUCCCUCCGUCCUCCGCGGCCGCCGACGCCACCUGCAAGAAACCGGCGCCGGCCGCGGAGACCGACGAGUCGACCGGCGUCGGCGGCAGCAGGAGCAGCGUGUACGCAUACCCCUUCUUCGCCAACGACGACUGCUUCGGCGGCGACUUCCCCCCGCUGUACACUGACUUCGACCUGCUGGCCGACUUCCCGGAGCCGACGCUGGACUUCCUGGCGGACAUCCCCGAGGAGAAGCUGCCGCCGCUGCCGGAGCCGUUCCCCGCGGCGAGCCCCGACGAGUGCCCGUCCGACGCGGAGGCGGCGUCGCCGGCGAGGUGGCAGCAGGUGGACGACUUCUUCCAGGACAUCACCGACCUGUUCCAGAUCGACCCGCUGCCCGUCGUCUAGCGCUCCCGCCCGCCCGCCAGCCCUCCCCUCCCUCUGCGCACCGGAUCCGCCUAGCCCGUCCGGCCAAUUUUGUUUUCGUGCUGUUGUUGUUUUUUUGGGUCCUAGUCGUUAAUUCUUUUAGCGUAAGGUGAAGAGAGAGAGAGAUAAGAGGUGUCCGUCCGGCUCUGCAGUGCGUCCUUGUGGCCCCGCCGCCGCCGCUGCUGCCAUGUGUGCCGAGCAUCUACCCCCCCGGCAAGGAGGAAGAAGAGUCCUUGACCGGGGCGAGCGAGGCUGUCUGUCUGCCCCUUGCUCACCGAGUUAUCAGUAAUCGUCGGGGAUUAUAAUCAAGUCAUGAGUAAUUAGCGA